AGCUGCCAGGAUAACUCUGUCACGGUUGUCCGGCGCCUUCAAAACAAUGAGACGAUUGAAAAACGCUUCUGUGGCAAACAAUUGCCCCCAACCAUCAUCUCGUACGACGAGCUGACUCUUGUAUUUGAUACGGGCAGCUCUGGGCAGCUAACCCACUUUCGAGCCAACUACCAGUUUGAAGACAAUGAGUGUGCUACGAAUAAUGGCGACUGCGAGUACAGGUGCUACAAAACGCCUGGCGCAUACCACUGCCAGUGCAAAAAAGGCUUUGAGCUGUAUGAAAAGACCAAAUGCAGAAGACGUAAGUGA